AACCUUGCCACCGCUCCCACGUAACGCCCCUGCGCGCAACCGCGGAACUAGCUCACAACCGAGUGGGAGGUAUAGGGAGGUGAGCUAUGGAGAAGUCGCCGAGGGCUUCACCGGAGACCGCCGCGGCGGCCGCGGAGGUGGCGGAGCGGUUCCGGUCGCUGGUCUCCGCCGAGGACGUCGGAUCCAUCAAGCAGGCGCAGCACCUCAUACUGGGGCGAUUGCAAGAUAGUAAUGCAGUUCUCACGCAUUUUAACGAGUACUCUGAACAAUGCUUUGCGGAGGUCUCCAGUGACUUUGCUAGUAAAACUCGCCUUCUCAAGUCGAUGAAGGAUGAUCUUGACCAUAUUUUCCUGAAACUGAGAAGCAUGAAAUCAAGGUUAGCAGCAACUUAUCCAGAUGCUUUCCCUGAUGGUGCGAUGGCAAAGACGAUGGAUCGAAGACCAGAUCUUGAAAAUCCUCUGGAAUAAUUGGUUUAUCACCUAAACGUAGCAUAUCAGCGACAAGAUCUGCUGCAGCUAAUAUCCAUUUCCUUUUUCUUUUAAGGAGUGAAGCAAGAAAGUUCUAUCUGCACCUUGUGUUGCAGAAAACUACAGCUUCCAGAAACUUCUGCGUACACCUUGUGCGUAAAUGGGCUUUUGUAGAUCUGUUAUUUUCUCAUCCUUUUGUGCAUGUAAUUGAUGUAUUGGUGGCUGUAUGGAUUAACGUUACUCCCUCCGAUCCAUAAUAAUUGUCGUUUUUU